CCUUGUCAGGGUGACAGAGGAGAAUCCCUGCAGGAAACACUCCUUCUCUCCUUCCUCCCUUCCAUCCCUCUUCUUUCCUCCAGUUUACUCCUCUUUUCUCGUCUCUCCAAAGGAUUUCCUGAAUCCAGUCGUGUUUAUGACACUCUGGUUAGGGAGUUAGCCAUCGGUUUCCAUGGUGAUGUGUUUGGACGGCAGUCUGGGGAUCUAGGCCAAACGACCGGGGAUUAUCAGCUGACAGCCAGAGGAACUCCACCAUGGCUAAAGUAGCACCACUAAUCCCUCACCAUGCAUCUGGGUUAAAUCCUCCCACCAUUGUGCUACAAGAUAUGGAGGAGGAGCCUGGUGACAUCACAGACCGGGUCAGAAGUACCCAAAGAGCUGGACCAGGAGCCCUGUUCAACGUCAACAACAGCAACAACAACGAGGAAGAGGAGGAGGAGGGAAAAAAGAGGAAAAAGAAAGAGAAGAAGGAGAAAAAAGAAAAGAGAGAAAAGGAGAAGCAGGAGAAAAAGGAAAGGAAGGAGCAGAGGCAGAAGGAGAAGAAAGAGAAGGAGAAGGAGAAACAGAAAGAAAAGGAAAAACUGGAAAAAGAGAAGAAGGCUAAGGAGGAGGCGGCACGAGAAAUCGCAGUGAUUGAUCCAGCUGGAAACACUUACUACUAUUGGCUCUUCAUCGUCACUAUACCUGUCAUGUACAACUGGACCCUGAUUAUAGCCAGGGCAUGUUUUGAGGAGCUACAGUCUGACUAUCUGAUCAUGUGGUUCAUUGUGGACUUCAUCUGUGACGUCGUCUAUGUUUUGGACAUGGUUUUCAGGAGCAGGACAGGUUACCUGGAGCAGGGUCUGCUGGUGAAAGAUAAGCUGAAACUUCAAGAGCGCUACAUGAAAACCUUCCAGUUUAAACUGGAUAUGGUUUCCAUGAUUCCCACCGACAUCCUGUACCUAGUUUUUGGUACCUCCUACCCUGAGAUCCGCCUCAAUAAGCUGUUACGUUUCAACAGGAUGAUGGAAUUCUUCCAGCGGACUGAGACCAGAACCAAUUACCCCAAUGCUCUUCGUAUCUCCAACCUUGUCAUGUAUAUCCUCAUCAUCAUCCACUGGAAUGCCUGCCUCUACUACUCCUUCUCCAAGGCAAUUGGUUUUGGGUCUGACAGGUUUGUGUAUCCCAACCCAGCAGACCCGGAGUUUGGUCGCCUGGUGAGGAAGUAUGCCUACAGUAUGUACUGGUCUACGCUAACACUCACCACCAUUGGCGAAACACCUCCCCCUGUGGAGAACUCAGAGUACUUCUUCGUUGUAACAGACUUCCUGGUGGGUGUGUUGAUUUUUGCCACCAUCGUUGGUAACGUCGGCUCAAUGAUCACAAACAUGAAUGCUGCAAGAGCCGACUUUCAGGCCCGGAUUGAUGCCAUCAAACAAUACAUGAGCUUCCGAAAGGUAACUAAAGACCUGGAGAAGCGAGUGAUUAAGUGGUUUGACUUCCUGUGGACCAACAAGAAAGCUGUUGAUGAGAGAGAAGUGCUGAAGUACCUUCCAGACAAGCUGAGAGCUGAGAUUGCCAUUAAUGUGCACCUGGACACCCUGAAGAAGGUCCGUAUCUUUGCAGACUGCGAGGCUGGACUGUUGGUGGAGCUGGUGUUGAAGCUGCAGCCUCAGGUCUUCAGUCCAGGAGACUACAUCUGCAAGAAGGGUGAUAUUGGUAGAGAGAUGUACAUCAUCAAGGAGGGAAAGCUGGCUGUGGUUGCUGAUGAUGGUGUCACGCAGUUUGUUGUUCUCAGUGAAGGAAGUUAUUUUGGGGAGAUCAGUAUCCUGGCCAUCAAAGGCAGUAAGGCAGGAAACAGAAGGACAGCCAACAUCAGGAGCAUUGGGUACUCCGAUCUCUUCUGUCUUUCCAAAGACGACCUUAUGGAGGCACUGACGGAAUAUCCUGAUGCUAAAGCUCUGCUGGAGGAAAAGGGAAGGCAGAUUCUAAUGAAGGAUGGACUUCUGGAUCUGGAGGUGGCAGCACAGGGCCCAGACCCCAAGGAGAUUGAAGAGAAGGUGGACCGGAUGACCAGCAACCUUGACACGCUGCAAACCCAGUAUGCCAGGCUGCUGGCAGAGCAUGAAGCCACUAACAGCAAGCUCAAACACAGAGUCACCCGACUGGAGAAGAAGCUGGCCCCACCAGUGCCACUGGAAGAGGCACCUGGUGACGCCCCACCCCCUCCAACACCUGAGACCACCAAAGGAGAAGAGAAGAAAUAAUAGUAUGGAGGACUAACAAUUUGAACUUUAGUUUACACCUGGAUAAAAGGACUUCAAGAAGAGGAUCAAUGAAAUCAAUUCUCAAACUUGACAAGAUUCAAAUAAAAGUCUGAAAUCCUAAACAAAGAUUUUAUUUUGGAUCCUUAGAUUUAAAUCUGUCUGAGCUAAAAGCAGUUUUGAAAACCAACUUUUGGAGAGAGUGGUGGGAAAUAUGGGAAACAAUCUAAGGUCCUGCUGGAAAAGAGACUCUGGAUUUCAGCAGAUAAUGAAAGGACAGUUGCAGCUCAGAGGAAAAGGUUUCAUCUUCUUGUAGUCUGGUUUUUUUCUUAUGUUUGAGUUAUAAACUGUUGUAUUAUUAUGUAACAUAUUUGGAAAAAAGCAAAUGUCCUUCCUGCUUUUCUGAACAUAGAUGAGAAUCCUCAUUUUGAGACUUGAUUACUAGUCAGUCUGUGGUUGUAUAAAUGUACAGAUAAAACCCUUGAGCCCGCUUUGACUGGGUUUGGGCUAAAAGUCAAUUUCCUCCAAACAUGCUUUCGUUUUCUGGUUACCGGCUGCUUAGACCGGGCAUACACUGUACAAUCUAUUCAAUUAUUUCUCUCAGCUACAUCUCAGACUGUAUGACAAGUUCACAGCUCACUAUGUCUGUUCUUCCACUGUACGGCCCGACGCCCUGAUCCGAUCUACCUGCUCACACUGCAUGACCAAAAACCACACGUCGGACUCAUCACCGAGAGUUGCCGCUGGUUAGACUUGUAAAUCUGGAAGAAGAGGAACUCCCUUGUUUGCACAUGCGCAGUUAGGUUCCGGUAAAUCGGCUCGUAGCUCUUCUUCAACAGCAGGAUUUACCCACAAACAACCUAUGACGGCCGCCUGAAUUUUAAACAUUUUUGAUUUUCUUCCGAUCUUACGAUUCCUGAUCAGGAGGUGGUCGUGACAGGCUGAUCGCCCUUUGUUACGCCCUGUACACUACACGACACAGGACACACAAUGAGGCUGGAACUCGGCCUGAUCAAAUAAAUUCUGGCAUGUCUGGAGAAUUGGCCAAACUAGGGCAAAGACUCGUACAGUGUAUGCCUGGCUUUACCAGAACUACUGACAGGGAUUGUCCACUUGAUGAAUGUGGAUUCAGAACCAGUUCCUUUGUGCUUUCACUGAUGCUUUUCAAUAAGGAGCCCCUUUUCUACUGAAAGCCCCAAGCUUUGUAUUACCCAGCUAAUAGGAAACCCAACCAAUUUGUGAUUUUCCUUUUCCACUCUCUUAAAGGCCCGCGGACAAUCGUGCAAAUCAACAGCGUAACGUGGUUGGCAAAAAACAUUAACCAACAUCACAUGUUGGAGCGAGAUCGUGAACACACUGUGGGGGUUACACACG